ACCCUUUAACCACCUGAAGUAAAUAGGUUUAAGUAAAUUACUAGUAAAACGUAAAUAAAAUAAAAUAAUAACACUGAUGUUUUCAGAUGUGCCCAGCUGCUAGAUCCUGUUUAUUAGUUCUUCUCGCGUUUCUGCCUUAUAUUUGGUGUGAGCAGCCGGUAAACUGCAAGUGGGGACCAUAUGGGGACUGGUCAGAGUGUGACGGCUGUACCAAAACACAAGUUCGAACGCGUCCCUUAGAGACGUUCCCUCAGUUUGGAGGCAGCUCUUGUACAGGCGAGGCCAUCCACAGACAAACCUGUUCACCAAAGAAAUCCUGCCCCCUACAGGCAGGAUGCGGAAACAGGUUUCGCUGCACAUCUGGUCAGUGCAUCAGUCUAUCUUUGGUGUGCAAUGGGGAUCAUGACUGUGAAGAUGGUUUAGAUGAGCAACGCUGUAGUGGCAGUGGCACUUUUUUGGGGCUCAUUGGCACUGUAGUGUGUAAUGAGAAAAAGCCACCGCCUAGCUCUGACCUCACAGGAAGAGGGUUUGAUGUGUUGACGAGUGAGCUGAGAGCCGGUGUCAUUAACACUCGUAGCUUUGGUGGGCAGUGCAGGAAAGUCUUUAGUGGAGACCACAGAGAUUUCUACAGACUUCCACAGAGUCUACUCAGAUAUAGCUUUCAGGUCAGUGUUGAAAAUGAUUUCACUGACGAGUACUAUAACAGUUCCUUGUCCUACAUGAGGCAUGAAGAGGAAAGAAAAAAUAUUAGAGGAGGUCAUGAUCAUAAAAUCUUUCAUAACAAUUUGAAACAGGACAAGACUUAUCACCUGCUGAUAAUAAGAAAUGAGGUAGAGGUGGCUCAGUUCCAGAACACUGCACCCGAGUACCUCCUUCUAUCUGAAGACUUCUGGAAGGAUCUGUCGGCCCUGCCCAGCACAUAUGACCCAUCAGCCUAUAGAUUCUUAAUACAGCAUUACGGCACACACUACAUGGAAGAGGGCUCUCUGGGUGGCCAGUAUCGGGCCCUGCUGGAGCUUGACGCAAGUUAUAUGAUGGAGAUGAUUUCCUUGCCAGUCUAGAUCAGAGGUGUCCAAACCAAGGCUUGUGGGCCAAAGUUGGACUAGGAUGAUUCAGUUUGAGAGUUCAGUUCGGCCCGCCAUAUCACCAGAGGAAGGGGAAAAAAGGAGA